GAUUCUUUUUAUAUAUAUAUAUAUAUAUAUACUUCUAUUUCUUUUUAUAAUUAAUAUUUAGAAAAACUAUAUUUACAUUUAUAUAUAUAUGUACCUUACUUAGUCAUGACCCCAUAUAGCUAUCACUAUGAUAAGAAUGAAUUGGAAUCGGCGUUCGAACUAGACGAUGAUGAUUCUAUUUUCAGUAGAACAAGUUUGGAUCACCAUCUAUCCCAACAUCAACACAAGCGUACUUCCCAUAAUCUUGAUCAAGACGACAACGACGACGAUGACGAUGCAUUAUCUUUAUUAUCAGAUCAUGAUGAACAAACGCUUUUACCUUCAGCACGUCAUUCUAAUCGAUCAACUGCUUCUAUAUUCUCGUUUGAAACCAUACCCAUGAUACCAUUAACUCAAACUCAAUCUCGUGCUCCAGAAUUACAAAGAAAAGUAUCUCUUAUCAAUGGUCUUGGUCUUGUUAUUGGAUCCAUGAUAGGAAGUGGUUUAUUUAGUUCUCCAGGUCCUGUAUUGGAAGCUACAGGUGCCACAGGAACAGCUUUAUUAGUUUGGUUGGCUGCUGGUUUAUUGGCUCUUUCUGGUGCAUUAUGUUAUGCUGAAUUGGGUACUCUCUUUACAGAAAAUGGAGGGGAAAUUCUUUACUUGGGACGAGCAUAUGGUAGUAUGGUGGCAUUUGUAUUUGAAUUCGUGACUAUUAUGGUACAAAAGCCUGGUAGUGUCGCGAUUGUAUGCACUGUACUUGGAGAAUAUAUAUCAAGAAUUGCCUAUCAUACUUACUUUUUUAAUAUCCCUCAUGAUUCUGAUGCAGCUGUGGAAUUGGCAGACUCCGUGAUCCCUGACUUUUUACCCAAAUUGGUGGCAACAGUGUCCCUUAUCCUACUUGGUCUUAUUAAUACUCUUUCCACACGAGCAGGUAUUCACGUUCAAGAUAUAUUGACUGUACUGAAAGUCUUGACGGCUGUGAUAAUAUCAGUAACGGGUGUGGUACUAUUAGCCCAAGGGACUAUGCAAGGUAAUAGUUUUCAAACGGAACCUCUCUUUGCUGGUAUUGAUUCGAUUGGUUUUGGACAAUAUACAAUGGCAUUUUACUCUGGAUUAUGGGCUUAUGAUGGAUGGAAUAGUCUUAACUAUAUAUCAGGAGAAAUGAAAGAUCCUCAUCGUGAUUUACCUCGUGUGCUUUUCUUUGGUAUUCCCCUGGUGAUUAUUUGUUAUCUACUAGCUAAUGUGGCGUAUCUUGGUGUCCUUCGACCAGAAGUGGUGAUGCAUACAAACACUGUGGCAAUGGAUUUUGGUAAAAAAGUAUUUGGACAAAUUGGUGGUAUACUUUUUGCAGCUAGUGUUGCAUUAAGUUGCUUUGGUUCAGCCAAUGCAAGUAUCUUCACUGGAUCUCGUAUUAUCUAUGUAUCAGCGAAACAAGGACAUUUACCAGCAUUUCUUGGCAAAUUGAAUGGAAAUCGACAAACACCAGUGACAGCUGUUGCUCUUCAACUUGCAUUGACGACAAUUUUCAUCUGGGUGGGAAGUUUCCGAGCUUUGAUCAAGUUUUAUUCUGUAUGCGCCUGGUUGUUCCACUUUUUAGGUGUGUUCUCCUUAUUGGUAUUCAGAUAUAGAGAACCUGAACUCAAACGACCUUUCAAAGUUUGGUUACCAACGCCUAUCCUGUUUUGUAUGAUUGCUCUAUUUUUAUUUACUACACCAUUUCUGGAAGCUCCUUAUGAAAGUCUGUCAGCUCUUGGAUUUCUUCUCUUGGCUAUCCCCAUAUACCUUGUAAAUAUCAAAUACAGAGCAACUCUAAUCUCUUUCUGGAUAGAUAUAACGGACAGAGUACGAAGGAAACAUAAAGGAUAUCAAGGAAUGGAAAUGACAGAAACGUAGAUUAUGGAUUGUUAUUAGUUUAGAUAUACCUUUUUAUUAUUUUAUUAUUAUUUUAUCCUGGAAAAAGAAAUAAAUAGUAUAAUGGAUGAUAAUUUGAUGAUGAUAAUGUA